GCAGCUUUGUCUUAUAAUGUUUUCUGAAGGUGUUCUGUUUGGCCAUUUUGAAACUGACUUCAGCCCGUAUGAUGGAAACGAGUUGUGUAUUUCAGGGUCCUCAUUGAUUGGGACCUUUAGUUAUGCCCAUGUUUGUGCACUAGAGUUGAACUGGCCAAUGAUUUUCUACCAAAAUGUGAAUUUGAAUUGUGUCGAUAUAUGACUAGAAAAUUCGAAGUGGAUCCGGCUAUCGAAACACGCGUGCUGGCAGAAGAUGAACCAGCCAGCGUCCGAUGGCAGAAGGCGAAUCUUUACAGAAGAAGAGCGCCUUUUGCUUCGCAGCCUCGUGACGGCACACGAGGGGAUUCUCAAGGCUCAGAACACUGAUGGCACCUCGACAAAGGAGAGACGAAGACAGUGGGAGAAGAUUGCCACCUCGUUCAAUAACUCUCCAACAGUUACCACCCGCACUGCCCCUGAACUUAGAAAAGCCUGGGAGAACAUGAAGUACCGGGCAAAACAUGCUCUGGACAGACAGUACCGCACAAGGGGUGACUCAGUGGGUGGAGAUUCGUCACCUCCACUGCACCCACCCAUGGAGGCCGAAGGCGACUCUCCGGUGGCACUCCUCCCGAGCCAGUGCCUGGAGACCAUCAUGCUUCACGAGAGCCAGCAGCGCCACAUUAAGAUGGAGCCAGACAAUGGAGAGGAGUACGACGACCAUGAAGGCAUUCCGGAACUUGUACAAUCAAUAGCCUCGUCGGCAGUGCCACGGAUACUCUUGCCCGUCACUCCACCGACCAGAACAGCAUCUCCGGCCUCAUCUUCGAGUCCCGAGAAUGGCCACGUCCGUGUGAAACGGGGCAGGGCUCGCAAGAGAGACAAAUACAGUGUGCUCUGUGACCACGAUAUCGUGCUUGCCAAGAAGCAGAGAGAACUGGUAGACCUCCAACUGGAAGUGUACAACCUAAAGAAAAUGGUUGCGCUCAGCAAAUUACAGCACAUGGAGAAAGCUUACGAACUUGACCUCAAGCACAAAGAAGAAGAGCACAGUUUAAAAAUGUGUCUGAUGAGGAGAGCGAUGGAGAAAUGAAGGCCUUUGGUCAGUGCUGGUGAAUGUGUGAAUGUGCUGUGCCACAGGCGUCUCCAGCAAGUGGUAUACAUAUAUAUAUACUGUACAGUCUAUCUUUGACUUCAGUACCCCAAGUCUUCGCAGCUCGGUGUCACCAAAAUGCAUUACAUUUUUAUGAGGAAAUAUAUGAAAUUGUAUAGCUUUUGUAGCUAGACUUGUCUCAGAUACUUUGUUUUGUUUUAAAGAAGAAAUAUGGCUUUAUAAUUGAGUUUAUUUGACUUGCGAUCAUUACGUGCAUAAAAGUCAUUACGUUUAUUAUUUUUUCUAUACUGUAUCACAUUUUGGAAUAUGCAGGUUGUUGACACUUCUUCCUUUACAGUACAAAUAACUUGAUUAGAUUUGAAGUUGGCACUUUUUAACGAGUACAGUGUUGUGACGCGUUACUGUGCAAAAUCAGUUUCUGCUGAGUGACGGGAAUUAUCUGCAAGAACUCCUCAUGAAGAUCAAAUCUGUAAUACAACAAGGAAUCUGAGGUUUCAAAUUAAGGGUACAAUUAUUACAGUAGUGUUCAGGUCUAGGCCCCAUCAGUUAUUCUCACUGGGAACUACUAGUAUUAAUGACUUGCCCUAUAUUAAUAGUUUCACAUAGUAUUUUAAAAAUGAUUUGGCAUUUGAAUGAAUUUUCCUUGUCAGAUUGAUCUGUCUUUUUUUUUUUUAGGUGUGAAAUAGACAAUAUUAACUACUGUACUUCAGUUACUUGACAGCCUCAUCAUCAUCAUACUGAUUUUGUUAUAAAUGUUUUGUUUUGUUAAGUUUUGCUAGAUUGACCAGUUAUGUUGAUGUGUGUGUCACUGAUUUGGUCUUUGAUUAAAGAUUUGGUCUUUAGGUGAUUCUUUCAGUACCGCACAUCUCAAAAUGUGAAUUAGUACCGUCUGUUACCUACUUAUAGAAAUAUGAAACAAAAUUAUGAAGUGUGUGGAUUGUCAGUUGGGAGUCAACCGAUAUGAAACAAAUUUAUGAAGUGUGUGGAUUGUCAGUUGGGAGUCAACCGAUAUAUAUACAAUACCGUACUUAAGACAAAAAGAAAAUGGCAGACCUUGAAAAAUAUAUCAGCUGUAUUUUGAUUAGUAUUGAAUGGAUGACUUUGUUUACUUUUAAACUAUGAAUUGUACUGGUUGCCUGUGUUUUGGCACCAGCGAUGCCGCCAUCAUCCUAUAGUUGGACAAGAAAAUAUUAAUAACUCGAGCAGUGGUACCCAACCUUUAUUUAUUUUGUAUUCAUGGCUCUAUUUUCUAACAUUCUUAAAACCUGCCACAUUUGAACAUAAUAUGUUCAGUUGUGUCCAUCUCGGCAGUUCUUUCUGGAAAGCUAAAAUGUGACUGGCCCCAUUGGUCAGCCCCAACUGGUUGGGAACCACUCAACUUUAGAGCAUAUAAAGGGUGUACACAGAUACAUCUUGAGACAGUGAUGUAUCUGUGAGAAAGGAUUAAGAUUGUACGCUUGGUGUUGGCAACUGUGCAUCAGAUUGUGUCGGGCGGUCGUGGUGGUGCCGGCUUGUCUUUUCUGCGAGUUAUGUUGUCUCUUGUAUCCCUUAAUGGAAACCUUGAUGGUGAUGCUGAGAAAUUUAUGCAAUACAACUGUAUUUAUGUUGUGCAAUAUUUAGUUGAGAGCAGAGAGGUUGAUGGUUGUAUAAGUAGAUAUUUAUACUUUAUAUACAUGUACUGUAAGUGUACCCACAUAUAUACUUACAUGUAAUCAUGUAUUGUGUAAUCAGGCUACCCAAAGACAUAAAUCCAGGUAGUUGGGAAUCUACAAAAAAAUAUUAUACUAUUUAAUUACAGUAUAAUAAAUAUUAAAUGGUCAAACUUGAACAUUUCUGUAUUCUGUGUAUUCAUUGUUGUCGUACUGUACUGUAUUUAAGAUUUUUUUUCAUUAGUUUCCCCUAAAUACAAAGUUUCCAUUUUC